AUGGCAGACCCCGCUACGUCAGUGCUGGUGCUGGGCGCUGGGGGUCUUGGGUGCGAAAUCCUGAAAAAUCUGGCUCUUCAGGGCAUCCCUACGAUACACGUUGUGGAUCUUGACACCAUCGAAUUGUCGAACCUGAAUCGGCAGUUUCUGUUCCAGAAACAGGACAUUGGACAGCCCAAGGCUGUGGUGGCGGCCCAGCGCAUCAACAGCAAACAACUGCUCGGAUUUGGUGAACGGCCCGUGCACGUAACCGCACACUUCCAGGACCUGACAAGUUUCAGUGACACGUUUCUAGAGCAGUUCACGCUGGUGGUGUCUGGACUGGACUCUGUCGCGGCACGCAGGGCGAUCAACGCACAGCUGGUGCGUAUCACGCUAGAAUCAGGGUUCCAGAAGUGCAUCCCGUUGGUCGACGGUGGGAGCGACGGACUGCAGGGCCACUGCAAAGUGAUCGUUCCUGGAAUUGCAGCAUGCUACGAGUGCUCGCUUGCCACGCUCCCGCCAGAAACAGAGUCGUACCCGUUGUGCACCGUGGCCAAUAAUCCACGUCUGCCCGAGCACGUGAUCGAAUACUUGCUAAGCGUGCAGUGGAUGCAAGAGUAUCCAGACCAGCCGUUUGACCACACGCGCGACGAACACUUCCAAUGGCUUAUGCGCCGGUCGCUUGAGCGAGCCGCACGCUUCCACAUUGACUCGUCCAAGCUGACUGCGUCGUUCGUGCUGGGGGUUAUCAAAAACAUCGUUCCCAGCGUGGCUAGCACAAAUGCAAUUGUCGCUGCACAGUGCUGUAACCAGGUUUCGAAACUUCUGUAUAACGAGUACGAUUUCGAGGGCUCGAACAAUUUUUUGGUCUACAACGGGCAAGAUGGGUGUUUUAUGUACGGUUUCGUGUACGAUCGCUCCACUGAGUGUCUGGUGUGCCGUGAAAACACGUAG